ACUGCCCCCUAGUGGAGUCACAUGCCACAGUCACACACAUCAGGAGCAAUUUGGGGUACAGUAUCUUGCUCAAGGACACUUCAACAGAGCUGGCAGUCGAGCCACCAUCCUUCCGACUAGAGGACGACCCGCUCUUUGUCCUGAGCCACAGCUGCCCUACCUGAGUUAGAUGAUACCACCAGUGCUGAGGAAGUAUUUUUACUUAGAUUACAGUAAAUAUUAUAGUGUCAAAAUAUUCUGUUACAAGAAAAAGUUCUGCAUUUAAAACACUUAUUAAAGCUCCAGUGUGUAGGAUUUAGUGGCAUCUAGCAGUGUGUUGCAGAUGGCAACUCUCUUGCUUCACCAUCCCCUUUCCAAGGAGAAACUACAGCGGCCAUGAAACUCGCAAAACACUCAAAAAUGAAACUCCCUAUCAGAGCCAGUGUUUGGCUUGUCUGUUCUGAGCUACUGUAGAAAGAUAGCAGCCUCUAUGUAAGGCGACCUGCGGCAUCUGUAGAUAAAAACAGAUUAUUCUUAAGUAGCGCAAAUGAUUAAGUUCGUAUCUUCUGUUGAUUAAACACUAAUGCAAACAUACCUAUGAAUAUUAACUGCCAAGAGAUCCUCCUAAAUGUUGACUCAAUAAAGAGGGUCACUAUAUUUUGACUCCAGUUCACUGUGUCAAACCACUGACUCUAACCGCUGGCCCACUGAGCUGCAAACAGAAAAACACAAGUUUUUUUUUUUAAGUUAACUGCAUUAAGUUGGAAGCAUCUUACAGUUUGCUUAUGAAAAUAAUAAAAUAAAAAUGUAGCCACCAGCCAACAUCUCUGGUUAAAUGUUUCUUGUAAAAACAGAGUUCUGGAGUAAGUUUAUUCUAGUAAUUAUAUACUAUUAUAGUAUUAUAGUAAUACUAAAGCCCCUGCACACCAAUAAUAGUUCACGUACACACUGUUGUUGACUAAAUUAACACAGAACUCAGUGUUUAAAAAGUAAAUGAUGAAACACCUUGGAAUAUUAUAUUUGUAGAUGCUAUGAAUAGGAUUUGUAUUUUGUGCUGGGAACAAAUACACAUACUCAUACAUACAGACAAAUAGUGUAAAUUUUACACAUGUUUGUUUUUUUGUUUAUUUUUUCUAAUUUGUAUUAUGUCUGUUAUGUGUUGAUUGUGAUGUUUUAAUGUUUAAUGUAUGUUUUAAUAAAAUUGACACCGCUAAUAAGUUUUAUGUAUGUCAUUUUUGUUGACUGUAAUGUUUAUUGUAUGUUUUUGUUUGUUAUGUGUUCAUUUGUAUCGACUGUUCUGUUUUUUUAAUGUAAACCCCAGGAAGACUAGAGGUGCUUUAUGGCACAGCUAAUCGGGAUCCUAACAGAUAAAACAAAAAAUAAACAACACAAACACAUGUUUUCACUUAUGUUGCCUGAUUAGACCUCUUCUUGAACAUAGUGAGCCUAUAAAAAGUACUUGACUUACAUCUCCCUCCCCACUGUUGGUAUUGUUAAGGUUCCAUUAGGGUAUUUAAAUGUCAUAAACAAAAAGUUUAACAUACAUUUACUUAGCAGUUUGAGGAGGAUGGGGGCCAUGAACACACUUGAGUCCCUAUAUUCCCAGUGACAGCCCUGCUCACAAUAUCACAAGUAUUACAGUCUGGUGUGUCAUCGUGCAUGCAGUGGAUGUCCUGAUUUAACACUCUCUUUCUGGGUUUAUAAGAAUCAAAAGAUGCCAAGUGUGGAUGUAAGGCGGAGCUCCCUGCUGUUUUUGAUACCGCAUCAUGUGAUUGAUGUUUAUUUGAAAUGACUCCACACCAGAUAGCAGCAUCUGCCAGAUAUUCUUCCGCAUCCUCCCACAAUCGGUGCCAGAGCUACCCGCAGUGAUCGUCCCGUUCACCACUGGCAGUCACUGCCUCAUUGGCUCUAGCCGGAUUUUUCAAAACGGUGUUCUGAUAUAGUUUAUCCCAGUUACACACUGCACAUGGGAACGUAAACCCAGCUGACUAGUUUGAGUUUAAUUGGCAGGGUGUGGGUAUGAGUAGUUUCUGCACAUGUUUCUGAGACUGGAGCAUUGGGGCUCCCCUUAAAUUUUAAGCAUGGACACAUUUGGCCUGGUUAGUGCGCUAAAAGAUGAAAGGCAUCGCUUGAAUUAAUAGUUUCCACAGGAGAGAACAUCAAAGAGCCUCAAAUAUUAAAAGUAUACAUUUGAGGUUUAUACUCUGCAGCUGCCUUUCGUUUUUAAUGUUUUAAAAAGGCAUUCUUUUUCUUAAGUUAUUUUUAUGGUCAUUCAGGAGUGAUCCAGAUAAUCCUGCACAGUCUUCAGCCCAAACAUGAAACAGAUUGUACUGUAACACUGUGGAACACAAGGAAGAAGAGCUAAUGGUUUUUCUUAUUCAGAAACAACUUUACUCAUUUGUGUAAGCUGUUGAUAAGUCACAGCAUUUCGGAAGAGAGAGAGAGAGAGAGAGAGAGAGAGAGAGAGAGAGAGAGAGAGAGAGAGAGAGAGAGAGAGAGAGAGAGAGGGUACAGACUGAGGUGGCAGUUUUUCCUCAUAACGUCUAAACCAGUACUCAACACAAGGGGGCAGUCUCAUUCUGUAUACAUAGAGGCAAUGUACUCAAUAUAAGAAGUGAUCAAUAUUUCCAACAUUGUUCCAAAAGUACUCCAUACUGUAGUCCUUAAAGGCAACACAGCUUUACUAUGAAUGAUGUAUAAACUGUUGGGAAUAUAUAAUAAUAAAUAAAGAGUAUUACAUCAAUUCUUUAAAGCGGACAGUGCAAGGAAACAACUGCAACACCAAACUGACUGCGACACUCUUAUACAUAGCAAUAAAGACUAUUCUCAUAUUCUGGAUUUCUAAGGACAACCCUGCUCUGGAUGAUUGGUAUAAGCAGGUACUGGGAAUACUCCCCCUGGAAAACCUGACCUACACCCUCCAUGACAAUGUCAAGAGAUUUAAUAAGAUUUAGCAUCCAGUCGUACACAUGGUGGUGGAUCCCUCUGGGCUUCAAUACUAACACUGGAACAGACAACGGCACUGCCCAGUGAUUUGAAUGUAAUAACAGUAUGUCAUCUUUUGGUGGUGUAGAUGUGUUUGUUUCACUUCCCUUUUCUGUUUUAAAAAAAAAUCAUAUUUGUGAAGUAAUCACCCCCUGGUUUUUGUGUGAUUUGUUAAGGUAUUUCAAAAACAAUGAAAAAUGUGGUUUAGUGCGUAUUUGGAACUGGAGUAUAUCUAACUGUUGCCAGAAACUCAAUAUCAGAAAUCUGACCUCUUGUGUAUCACAGUGAUGUAUUCUGGUUUCACUAUAUUGGCAACUGAAGCUGAUGUAAUCCCAUUAUAUUGUUGCUGUUUGUUUCACGCCUUAAAAACUAACAAAAGAGCUGGACACAUCUUAUCUCACAGCAUCAGAAAGCUGCAAUAUGCUACAGAAUCUCCAGUACUGUAGUACAAAAAUGAUCAAUUUAUCCAUCUAUCUAUCCAACUAUCUGUAUAUGUGUUCAUACAGCAAACAGACAGUACAUUAUGGACAGAAUCUCAAUGCAAUUCUAAUCUCCAUCCAGUAUUUUAUACUGUUUGUCCAGGAGGGGCAUCUGAGGUGAAAGUACUAAAUAUUUAGCCCCUUUGUUUGAAUGGUAGUAACGGACAUAUAUCAAAUUAAAUUCAAUAUCACAGUUAAACACUGAUUAAUGGUGUAAUUUAGUUUUGUCCAAUUAGGUUUUAAAAGUUCAAUGAAUAUAAAAAGGGUUCAUAAAAGUAUAUGGGCUGCAAAUUGAGCUCUACUGGUGGUUUGAUUUACUGAGAACAUAAUUCAUUCAUUUUGAAAGAUGCUGACGUUGAAUGUUUUAAAACAAUCAAAAUGAUCCUGUAUAGACUUCUUUCCAAACUGCCUUAAAAAAGUAAAUUGAAUAUAGAUCUAUGUAAAGAAAUGUAAAACAAUUAGUCAGGAAAAGAGAACGCAUUAAUGAUCAUAGUAGAAAAAAUUCAAAGCUUCAAAAGUCAAUUUUAAGGGAAAAGGGUUUCUGUAACGCAGACUAUCAUUACACAGAUGUCAGUUUGUUUGUGUGUGUGUGUGUGUGUGUGUGUGUGUGUGUGUGUGUGUGUGUGUGUGUGUGUGUGUGUGUGUGUGUGUGUGUGUGUGUGUGUGUGUGUGUGUGUUGGCUGUCUCCAGAUGUGUACACACUGCCAUGUGAGUCUGGCAACAGAACAGCAAACACACUAAACUUCUUGGCUAACGUGUGAAGUGUGCCGUGACCUCUGGCUCCCCAUGUGGCCACCCAAUUAGGUUUGUUAAGGCCAACAUUUGUCUUAUUUAAUGACUAAAUUCUUAAGACAGUGACGCCUCGCAAUGAAUCCUUUUAUACCUACUAAAAGAACAAAUAUUAACUCAAAAAUAAACUAGAUUAAACUAAAACAGUGUUUGUCUGUGUACUAAAACAGUACAAUCUUACAAACAACAAUUGUUUGUUAUUUUACAUGGCUGUGAACAUACAAUCUGAUUUAAUCUGAUGACUAAAUGCUACAUGGUCUAUCUUCAGAAGAGAUACAGUGUUCAGAAUAAGGUUUAAUCAUGUCCAUAGUAUUGGUUAGACUGACUUCAGUGCAUGAAGAAACUAUAAAAAAUGUAUAAACUCCUUUCAUACUCUUCUAUUAGUCACAUCAAAGUUAAAACAAAUGCUGAAAGUGAUUUGCAAAUAUUAUUUGAGGCAGUACUGUUGUGAAAGCACUGCCAAAGCCACACAUAAAGAGAUUUACAGGCCAGCUCAGAAUUUGGACCGCUAGUGUUAAAACUAAAUAGACACAAAGAAAAAAAGUGAAGCAUAAACACAACUGCACCCGCCCCAAUGUGUUGCACAGACUCUCACAGACUCAUACAUGUACGUGGUGGUUUUUUUCAUGCAGGAAAUGUGGCCUCACCCUGGUCAUAAUGUGGCCAUGUCGAGAAGUCCAUGAACAGUCUGACGUAGGCGUGUGUGACGGGCAGGUGAGUGGAAGCUAAAACAGCUGUAGCUGUGUGAUGCCAUUCAAGGAAAACUAUGGGUGGAGCCGCCACCGGCCUGCAGAAUAAAGCUGCACUUGUUUCACAGCACCAGAAAGUCCAAGUCUGGAUGCUUGUGCGCUCUGCAACAUGUUUCACAUGAUACAAUGAGAGCUUGUUUACACAUCAAGAAGGUAAAAGAGCUCAGGGAGAAUAUGUAACACACACUGUUGUGUAUCUGCACUGAACAGGGUGUUUCCAGGUAGAAGAGGUGGGACCGGGUACAAACAGGAUACAGGAAAUGGGCUUGCGUCUAAAGAGGGUCAAUCGAGAAAGAUGCCUGCAGAAUAAUGGACACAGUGUUACUCUUGUUCAAAAUGAGGUCAUGUUACAAUGUCACAGCAAAACAUUUUUCAAGAAUGUCGUUUAUGGUGGUCUGCACAUAUAUAUAUGCUCAAUGAUAGAAGCUACUUCCUUACAAGUAAAAGUCCUUCAUUCAAAUGCUACUCGAGAAAGAAAAUUAGUAUUAUCAGCUACAUGUAAUUAAAGGAUCAAGAAUCCUCGUUCUGCAGAAAAAAGGCCCCUGUGACUGAUAUGUGACAUUAUUAGACUGUUAAUGCGUAACCAAUGUUAUAAAGUUGUAGCUGAUCAAGCUAAUUUUCUUUCAUUUAUAAACAGUUAGAUAGGAUAGUCCAGUAGUUGUCAAUCUCUUUUGUGCCCUGCUGUGAUAUUUUUUGUCCUGCACUUGAAUAAACUUCCAUCUUUUAGAGCACACAAAUCUUAUCUAAUCUUUGUUUUUUGUUUUAAAUAGUGGACCUCUCAAACAUUUAUUUCAGUGAAAAAUCUUUAACGUUCAGAAGGGAAAUCUUUGGUGGAACUGCAAACCACUUAAAGCAAUCUGAAACAUGAGGUCAGGGGUCAGAUUUUACUUAACAGUGUAUUGUUAUCUAAUCUGAAAAGUAUCCAGUAAGUACAGCUGCAAGAUAAACCUAGUGGAGUAAAAAAGACUCAGACACAUAAAAAAACAGACCUUCAAACUGUUGUUUAGGCAAUUAAUGAAAACGGUGUUGUUUUGUUUGCUCCAUCCUCACCCACCUUCAUUUGGACUGUCUGCAUAGUCACCGACAGCCUCGUCAAGCAUAUAUAAAUAAUAAGGUACAUUUUUACCUUGUAAAAGAAAGACAUGCAUAUUCUAAUGCUGUAUUCUCUAAUGUAAUAAAAGAGAGGAACAGACUGGACAGAAAAGAUUUUAGAGGCCAAAAGGAAAUGUAAGAUUUAAAUAACUCUACUAAAGGUUUCUUUUAAAGGCUUUAAUGUGUUCAGUUUGUCCUCCUAAAGCUGAUAUUGUAAAUUCCACAUUUCAUUUAGAAAUAGUUAAAUUGAUUGUGAUGAAUAAAGCUAAAAUGUGUCUCAGUCUAACGGACCUUAAAGUGGAAAGUGUUCUGUGGCUUUUUCUCCACUCAGGGUGGUGAACGCACUCGACUGUACAAAGACUUGUGUUGUGAAUGAAUGUGCGGGCUUGUGGGGCAAGGCACUCAGUCCUGGGCGUGUACUGUCACAACCUUCAACAGAGGGUAUUUAUUUUUAUUUGUUCCCGCUCCUGGAGGUUUGCUGUUAGGUUUGGGUUUACACUGUGUGUAAGUAAUAGAGCUCAAGAUGUUUCACAGAUUUCACUUUAGAGACUGCCAAGCCAUCAAAUAACCUCAACAAUAUCAUCACAGAUCAUAUAUGAAAAAGCAUGUGUGGACUCCCAUACAGAUUUCAUUCAAUAUUAUAUAUUUUGUGUAUGCUGGUUUAGUACCACACACUAUGUGACAUUAUACUAGAGGAUUUUUAUAAUCAAUUAAUCGUUUAAGUCAAAUGUUUUUCCAUUUCAAGCCACUUUUGGGAGUCAAACAAUGCACUUCUUACUCAAUUUAAUUUAUUUGAUAGUUUGAGUUACUAGUUAUUUUGGAGAUAAUCAACUCAGAGAGUAUGUACUAUUAUAGAUUAAAUUACCCAGCAGUCAAUAAGUUAGUAGGAAAGUAGUACAAUCAGUGUGACAUUAGUGAUACUUACACAUGAAUGCAUCAAUGAUUAUAAUCCAAUAAUAUAAUGAAUAUUAUUCUGAAACGGGCCAUUCUGCAUAAUGAGUACUUUCAUUUUGGUACUAUUGGUAUAAUUUGAUGCUAUUACUUGUGUAUUCCUAAUGUAACAGAGUAUUUCUAGACUGUGGUAUUGAUACUUUUACUUAAGAAAAAGAUCUGAAUACUUUUUAAUUUCUGGGAAAGUGUGGACAUAUAUUUUCUUUUAUAGACUAAGCAAUUUUUAAAAAAAAUAAUGAACACAUGAAUCAAAGAAAGAAAAUGAAUUGCAGCCCUACACUGUAUGACAACUUAAUGUACAUGAACAAUGAAUGAGAUAUUCUCUACUGUAGGUCAUUCUGAGGAUGAUGAUGAAGAAAGAAUUUAACUACAGAGAAUAUAAGCUGGAAAUGGCCACACAGGGUAAUAUCACAAUGUGGGCCCUUAAGGAGCAACUUAUCUCACAUAUGCUUUUUUAGUUUUAAGUAUUAGCCAGGUAUUGUGAUCCAUAGGUCAAUUUACCUUUUUCACAGCAGACAUUUUGACUUAGAAUAGUAGGAAGAGUGUCACGUGUCCCAGUAAGCCAUGGCAGUGUGACAGUCAGCCAGCAUGCACAAUACCAGGAUCCUGAAACUGAAGCAGCUCAAAGGAACUGAGCCAUCAUUAAUUUUAUUAGUUACACUUGUGCUUUUACUACUGUGACAUGUCAAAAUGUCCUCUCUAAAAAAGGGCCUAUAUGCUAAAGGAUCAUACACAAUACAGAAUAAAUCUUCUUCAUACUACAUGAACUACAUCCACUUGUCAUCUUGGAUUAUUAUGUAUUUCCACUCUUACCCUAAAAUGUAAAAAGGUCUAUUUUGGGACAAGGACUUGUGUUGUGAACUCUGGACGUGAUGUGCUAUUUCCCCUCUGGUUUGCCGUGAUGUCACCAUGGGAAUAUAGCUCAUGGGAGUUCAGCCUUUGCCCUGAUUGGUAGAGACAGCCUUCAAACUAGAUGUAUAAUAAAAACUGUAUUUUCUAUAAAGCUGAGUAUGACAGAAAACCACAGGAAUGACACUGAAUGCAAAGGUAAGGGCUCUCUUCCCUCCUCUAGUGUCACUGUGGUGUUACUUUGAGGAGGUUGAGUGGGAGGAGAUAUGCAGAUGGUGCCAGUGGAGCCCUAUUAGUGGUGUCUGUAGUCCACCAACCUCACAGUGGACUGUUGUCACUCCAGUCCACCACACCCACAGCCAGCGUUAGGGUCAACAUUCACAGGGUGGCAUUCUGCUUUAUGCACAGACGAAAAAAGGUUGUAGUGCGGAGACUGAAGUCUUUUUUUUUUUUUUGUUACCUUUUUGUGUUUUGAGAUAUCUUCUUUUGUCAGAGGCCUGGGAAUAAAAUAAUUUCCGUAUCAAGUGAACGGAGUGGAAUAUUUAGGGAAUUACUUUCCUUUUAUGGAGAAAUACUUUUUUCUACUGUGAGAUCAACUUUACCUCAGUUUGAAGACUUUUUUUUACUAAGAGUUUGACUUUUAACACGUGGAUAAUCAAGGAUGCAUUCUGUGAUGGCGGUGAGUCCUUUUGUGUUCAUGACUCUACUUCUGUCACUGGUCGAAACCAAGUUCUACAGACCGUUCCAGUUUAACCAGUAUAAAGCUGGGCUCACUCAACACCAUGACCAAGGGAAACCCACCAGCAGACACAAGAACCACUGUGCCUAUGUAAUUGAAAAGACAGUGUCCUUCACCGUGCAGGAUGGGGCAGCCCCAUAUGUAAAAGCUGAGUACAACAAGUGUUCCUGGGGUCAGAAAUGUCCGACUCUUCUGUAUCGUCUGAUGUACAAACCACUCUACAAGGUGGCACAUAAAACUGUCACAGAGCUGGAGUGGCGCUGUUGUCCCGGGUACUCUGGUUAUGGCUGCAUGGAGGGACAUCCAGUUUACCAACACCCCAUGAAAAUGAUGCCGCCAUUCAAGGGUCCGUCAAUGAAAGGCCCACAGUUUAAGGGGCCGCAGUUUGAGGGCCCACAGUACAAAGGCCCCAUGUUCAAGGGUCCCAUGUUCAAGGGCCCACCUAUUAACACUGUUAUGAAGGCCAACCCAUGGAGUCAAUCUAAAGGACCUCCCACCAACGGUUUUAACUCAAUGCACCACUUUGGGCCUCCAAGGUCCUCCUCCUACCCAGACACCUCUUUCGAGCCCUAUCCGUCUGACCCAGAGCCAAUGCCAGAGCACCAGGAACCACAUCACACAGAACACGAUCAAGAACAUGAGCAUGAACAUGAUCAUAGCCAAGGACCUGAGGAACACAUACCAGAGGAAAUCCCUCUGCCUGCCUCUGGUGGGGAACAGCCUCAGGGUGAGACCAUAGGCCAGACUCUAGACAGUGAGACAGAAGAACGAAUAUAUAGAAUGGAGGAGGAUGUACAACGUCUAAACCAGGGUCUGGAGACCCUGAGGGGAACUGUGAAUGGACUGGAAGAUAGUCUACGAGCCUCUUUGAGAGAGGAUGCCAACAGGAUGCUGUCAGCUCUGCUCUCUGCUGCCCCUGGUCCUGUUCCCGCUCCAGCUGUAGCCUCUAGUCCAUCCACUGUAGGGUUUGUAGAGAUUCCCGGGGGAGACCCUGAGACAGAGGGUCUGGAUGGCACACAUGUGUUUCCAGGCCUUACGGAACUGAAUGGAAGAGUAGAGGAGCUCAGGACAGUGCUGCAAGCCAAGACAGCAGAGCUGCAGGAACUUAAAGCAACAGUGAUGGGACAUGAUGGAGCACUGAAGACAAUGUCAAAUAGAGCAGGAGUGGUAUCAGACUCCACUGGCAAUCUUGUAGGAAAUGCCCAGAGAGCUAUGGAGACAGUGAUGGAUGCAAAGCUGAGUGCAGCCAGGACAGAAAUUCUUGGUGGGUUUGAGAAGCGUGUGGAGAGUGCAGAGGGUCGAUGUGAGGAAAAAGCUGGGGAUGCGCGUCGUCAGUGCCAGAGAGAGCAAGGUGAGAGGCAGGAGCAGAUGGAAGACGCUCUGGAGGAAAGUACCACAGACUUGAGAACAGAGCUGAGAAACCUACAGGCACAGAUCCAUGGUUUAAAGGCUACAGAAAGCUGCGGUGGUAGAGUGAAUGGGCUGGAUGAAAGGGUGCAGCUGCUGGAAACAUCAGUGGCAGGCCUCAACCAGUCCCAGGGGCACCUGAGGGUGGAGCUGGGUGGACACAAAGACCACAUAGAGGGAAUGCUGGAGGGGCGUCUGGGGUAUGUAGAGGCUAAGCUCAACCUCACUGGAAAGAUUAAGAAUAAUGAGUCUGGAAGGAGGAGUGGUAUCCCAGACACAGCUGAGACAGGAGAGGUCCUGGAGGCCAGAAUGGAGGGUAAGUUGAGGGCCCUGGAAGGCCGUUUACUGACGGCUUUGGAGGAGCUGGGUAAUGCCACUGCCCCUGUGCUGCUGGAGGGUCACGCUGUUCCCACUCUGGAGACGGAGCUGGAGUCCCUCCGAGGGAGACUAGAGGUGGAUGUAGACAGAGUGAAGAAGCAUCUGAACAGCCUUGAGAUUCUUUGUUCCUCUUCCUGCUCCUCACCUCAAAACCCAUCCGCCAUCCAGGGAGACUCUGCUGCACCAAGUGCUAAUCGGGGAGAGGAGGACAAUGUGAAGGAGGCACUGGACAUUCAAGGUGACCGUUUGAAUAGUCUCAAUGUCACACUGCAGAACAUCAUGAGGCAUCUAAGUCCCAGGGAUCAGCAGGAACAAGCAGAGGGAGAUUAUCCCAUCCAGGGAGAGCUCACAAUACUCAAAUUCAAUGUCCGCUCAGUCAACCACACCUUAAAAAACCUUCAGGAUUCCCUAGGAACAGUGCUCCACCAGGUGGGGCAAUCCAACAGCUCCUGGCAUGAGAGAGAGGCUCGUCUGGCCCAGCAGAUAAAGGGUGUGGUCCAGCUGGUUGGACAUCAGGCUUCCAUGCUUGGAACAGGUGAGCGUAGACUGACCCGACUUAAGAGUGAGCUGCUGGAGAUGAAGAGGCGGCUCGCUCAGGAGGUCCAGGGCUGCCGGAGCACAGCUAUGGGAGUCCAGAAAGAGGUAACUGAGGUUGGAGGGCGUGUUGCCAGUGUGGAAGACCAGUGCAAGGGCCUGAAUUACUUGGCUGAGGACCUGGAGAGAAUCCGGGAGGAAUUGGAGGGACAAUCAAAUGGGCUUCUCCAGCAAGUCAAUGGGACUCUAUCCAGCCAUGCUCAGCAGCUGACUGAGCUGAGAGGCGAAGUCAGAAACUGCACCUCCAAGAUGGAGACAACACAGCAGAGUUCAGAGAUGGAGCCAGAGCUCAGACGAGGGGACACCUUCACUUUGAAUUAGUUCAGUGUAUAUGGACAGUAGAUUUUAAAAAUGAAUGAAAAAGGACAUAUAUCCUCCAUUUGUAGAGGGGGUCCACUAAAACCCCAUCUUAUUAUUUGAAUUGUAAAAUGCAAAGGUUUUGAACCUGCACUGAAUUAAGGAUGGUUUUAGUUAGCUUACAGUAUAAAAUGAAAUGGCAGCUAAUUCCGACUGCACUAAUAACACAGAAUCUUGAAACUGAAUCAUAAAGGUGCUAAGAUGAACUGUUUGUUAUAAUGGACUGCUAUUUAGAGCUCCAGUGAUUGAGGAAGAGAUGAACAACAGCAAACUGCACCUGUGUUGCUGUACUGUUUCUGUAAAGCUUACAAAAAAGUUUUUACGUGAGCAAUUUAACAAUGUUUACAUGUUUUAGUUUUUGUAUUGUUUUUUUUCUUAUGUCUAGACUAGAAGUAUACAAUAUAUUAUGUUUUUAUAUGGUUUUAUUUCUAAUAAUUAGUUUCUAAUUGUAAUAAUGAAUAAAAUGUGGGUAUUGUGAGCUAUAUACAGUUUGAUUUCAAGAUCUAUCAUUACUGACAAUCCAAUAAACACAUUUCUUCCCUGUU